ACGAUCAGUUGGCUUUGAGCAUUGCUACGCGUUGGACGCGAUCUUCGGAAAAUUGUGAUUCCUAAACGAAAAACGAAACGACUGAUACACCACUACAUACAACAAGAUAUUAACAAGUAAACGACUAAAUAAAAAAUAGCCACAUAAAAAGAGAGAAAAAAGUGCAAAAAAAUACCGAAAACACUGAAUAUUUUCAUCGAGACAGUUUCAGAUUCUGUGCUUGCGUGUUUUAGUUGAGAUUUUGCGUGGAAUAAAAACUGUGUGCUAGUGAUUUCGAGUUAGCUAUUUAACAUAUUUUUCGCAUUUUGUAUUAAAACAAUUGACGUGUGUGCUGCUUAAUUUUGUGCGAAACGUAAAUACACAUCAUCUGUGAUUUAUAGAAGUAAUAACAUUUUUUACAUUUACUAAUUUGUGCCCAGUUAAGUAUUUGGACCUGCGGGUUUUAAAAAUUUAUUAAAAUGGUCUCGAAAGGUAGCAAAAAGAAACAGCAGCAAGUAAGUGGCAGUAAAAAUGCUGCAAGCAGCAGCAAAAUCACAUCUAGAUCCUCGACAACUAUGCAACGUACUGCAGGCGUUGGCACAGACUCAGCAUCAAACAGCAAGUCUGUGUUAGAAGUCACUCCGUCAUCGUCGAACUCGACUCAAUCGCCUACGUGGACCAAAACUUCACAGCAGGUACAAAAAUCCGAAUCGACAGCGAGCAGCGAAUCAAUGCAUGCAACCACACACGCAGGCACGCAGUCGCAAACGCAAUUAUUCAAGAGCAGCAGUAGCAGCACGAGUCACAUUGAGUCGAGGUCAGAGCAAAUUGGGCAAAAGGAACAAGAAAUAUUUCAGAUUGGCAGCGCCGAUAUAACACCACUGGUUUCCGCAAUGACCGACACAUUAAAAUCGACGAAAGCAUCAUCAUCAUCAUCCUCAUUUCAGCAGAAAUCAGAAUUUUAUGAAGAGAUCUCGGGCGAUUACUCGAAUUCAAAAAUUAUAUCCUCCAUCGAUCUGCUUGAAAGUGAUAGAAAAGAGCCUGUUUUCUCGGUGCCGAUCGAUGUCGUUGAGAUUGUAGGGGGCAGUAGUUCCAGCGUGGGCAGUUUAAACAAAGCGUACUCCUCCUCUUCCCAGUCACAAACCGGCGUGAUGUCCAGCAUCAGCAGUUCCAACGUAGCACAAAUGCAUUCCGCCAACAGUAGCAGUAAGGUCAUUGACGGUGGAAUUAUGAUCAGCGACAUGUCUACGGAAAACUCGAAGUCGUCCUUGUCUAUGUCGAGAACAGAAAAGUCGGGCAAAGUCACAUCCAGUAAUGUUGAAAUGACAUCAUCGUCAAACAAGUUUUCAGCGAAUGAUGUGAGCAGCAGUAGCACCGCAAUCAACAGCCACACGUCGUACUCGACGAUUGAUGGUCGUGCCAUUAAUGGUGACACAACACCAGCAAUAGCGCCGCCAAUUACAUCGCCUACAACAGGCAAGAAGACUUCAAUGGCAUACACAAAAGAUACACAGAGGGCAGUCGAUGACGUCUCCAAUUCCACCAGCGCUGCCGCAAGUCAGAGCUACUCAAGCGAAGCUAAUACGUCACUGAGUAACACAGCGAAAACUAUGAAGAGUGACGUCGUAAGUAGCCAGCAAUUGGCUUCCAAAAAGUCAACAAAAACGUCCUCCGUUACAGAGCAAAAUAUAUCUGAGGAAACAAUCGAACUAAGCUCGCUGAAGAAAAGUAAAUCAACUACAAAGAAAGAGGUGUACGAUGUAAAAACCAAGAGAUGGACAGAGCUCAACGAAAAGACCGGCACUAGCGUUUCCAACAAAAAGCAUCCAACCAUUGAACGUUACGUUAGCCGCGAAUCCGAUGGCACAUACAAAAUUACUUACAAGAAAAAAAUAUUCGAUCAGCGUGCAAACAAGUGGAAAAUCAUUGAAGAGAAGACGGUGGACAGUGCUCAUGACACUCAUUACCCCGAAAUAGUUGAUGAUGUCAUCAAUACGACGACUACAACGUACACAACAAAAGUGUAUGACACCAAGACCGGAGAGUGGAAAAUCGUUGAAGAGAAAUCUUUUGUGGACGCAAAAGCUUUUGUGCCAAACGACAUUGUUCGUGAAAUCGAAAAAGACAAUACAGAUGUGGCGAAUAUAACAACGACAACCGAAGUAACUAAGAUAUUUGACGCUAGCCUGAACGACUGGCGGGUACUAGAUGAGAAAACGCAUACCGAUGUUAUUGAGAGAAUCGUUGAAACGCCCAAAAAGACAAUUUAUGUAGACGAGUAUGUAGAAAUCGAAAAGAAUGUAGAAAUAACGGAAGACAGUGAAAAUGUUACCAAUAAAAGUACUAACACAUCAAAGAGGAAGGACAUUACCACAAAUGUAUACGAUGAAGUUGAUGAGGUUAGGAAAGAAAGGCUGACUUCAAAUGACUCAAAAAUCCGUGGAGUCGAUAGAAAGGAAUCAUUUGGUUCAAAACAUACGGAAAUGUGCAUUUGUGAAAUUUGUACGUGUGGACGUCAUCACUGUACCUCAAGUGUGAAGCAAACAGAUACUAUUUUGGAGACUACAGAUUUGUUGGAUGAGUCAGAGGCACGUAUACGUUCCAACACUUGGUCUAAAAAAGACCUUGAAAAAUCUCGUUUAAAACUAUUAUAUGAUCUCGGUGAUCAAGCCACUUUGAUUAAGCCGGUGGAUAAUUUAAAACCUGAAGGAGAAUUUACAGUUCCGGAAAAAAUUUCAUUCCAGCCAUCACAGAGAACUAAAAUUAUAACUCGUAAUGAUAACCUGCGUACGGAAGGAGAAAUGACCUUUACCGAAAAGGAGGAAUAUCAGUAUGUAACAAGACCUGUCCAAGUUAGGCCUAUCGACAACCUAAAGCCUGAAGGUGAAUUCUAUGUGCCAGACAAGGCAAAGUACCAACCAGCAGAAAAAUCUAUUCAAAUAAAACAUAAAGAUAAUCUAAAGCCCGAGGGAGACUUUUAUGCUCCUGAAAAGCAAGGUUAUCAGCCCACUGAACGUCCAUUACAAAAAAAACCGAAAGAUAAUUUAAAACCGGAAGGCGAAUUUACGGUCCCUGAAAAGAUUCCAUAUGAGUCAGCAGAACGGCCAACGCGAAUUAAAAGAAUGGAUAACCUUCGCACCGAAGGCGAAAUGACAUUCGAAACCAAAGAAGAAUAUCAUUCCAUUGUAAGGCCUGAUCAGGUUAAACCUACUGAUAAUCUAAAGCCAGAAGGAAAGUUUUACAGUCCGGAGAAGCCCAAAUACCAGCCAGCCGAGAAACCAACGCAAAUCCGGCAUACAGACAACCUUAAACCCGAAGGCGAGUUCUACACCCCUGAAAAGCAUAGUUUUAUUCCUGCUGAUCGUCCAACGCAGAAACGACCAGAGGAUAAUUUAAGACCUGAAGGUGACUUUUACGCCCCAGAAAAGCCAAAAUUCCAAUCAGGAGAGCGCCCAUCCCAAGUAAAAUACGCAGAUAAUUUGCGACCAGAAGGUGAAUUUUACACUCCCGAGAAGCCUGAAUAUAAGCCUGCCGAGCGNCCUGUACAGAAAAAGCCGGAAGAUAACUUAAGGCCAGAAGGUGACUUUUACACACCUGAGAAGCAAGGAUUUAGGCCGGCCGAACGCCCUAUUCAGAGGAAGCCUGAAGACAACUUGAAGUCAGAGGGUGUGUUUUAUACUCCACAGAAAUCGGAAUAUGUCCCCGCUGAACGUCCCACUCAGAAGAAACCAGAAGACAACUUGAGGCCGGAGGGGGAAUUCUACAUACCAGACAAGCCUGGCUAUCAAGCAGCAGAGCGCCCAACUCAAAAGAAACCGCAGGAUAAUUUGAAACCAGAAGGUGAAUUUUAUACUCCUGAGAAACCCGAAUUCAGACCGGCAGAACGUCCCAGACAAAAGAAGCCAGAAGACAACUUGAGGCCAGAGGGUGAAUUUUAUAAGCUCGAAAAGCCCGGAUUCCAGCCAGCAGAACGCCCAGCGCAAGUCAAACCGGAAGACAAUUUGAAACCGGAGGGUGAAUUGUAUACGCCAGAAAAACCCGGGUAUCAGCCCGCAGAGAGGCCACUUCAGAGGAAACCUGAGGAUAACUUGAGACCGGAGGGUGAAUUCGCUGUUCCAGAAAAGAUUCCAUAUAAGCCAGCUGAAAAAACUGAGCGAAUUAUACGGAAGGAUAACUUGCGUUCUGAAGGAAAAAUGACAUUUGAGACUAAACAGGAAUAUCAGUUUGUGAUCAGACCAGAGCAAGUGAAACCCCUUGAUAACCUUAAGCCGGAGGGAGAAUUUUAUGCUCCAGAGAAACAAAAAUACCAACGAGGUGAGAAACCUUUGCAAGUUAGGCAUGAGGACAAUUUGAAGCCAGAGGGUGCGUUCUAUACACCCGAGAAACCGGAAUUUAGGCCCGCUGAAAGGCCAAGUCAAAAGAAGCCAGAAGACAACUUGAAGCCAGAAGGAGAAUUUUAUUCUCCAGAAAAACCUAAAUAUCAGCCAGCAGAGAGACCACAUCAGAAGAAACCGGAGGAUAACUUGAGACCUGAGGGGGAACUUUCUGUGCCAGAAAAGAUAGCAUAUAAGCCAGCUGAAAAGAUGGAGAUAAUAAUACGGAAAGAUAAUUUGCGUUCAGAGGGUGAAAUGACAUUUGAGACUAGAGAGGAAUAUCAGUUUGUUACCAGACCGGACCAAGUCAAACCUACUGAUAACCUUAAGCCGGAGGGAGAGUUUUAUGCUCCAGAAAAACCAAAAUACCAACCGGCUGAGAAACCUGUACAAGUUAGGCAUGAAGACAAUUUGAAGUCAGAAGGUGAAUUCUAUACCCCUAAAAAAGCAGAAUUUAGGCCCGCGGAACGACCUAGUCAGAAGAAGCCAGAAGACAACUUGAGGCCAGAGGGACAAUUUUAUACACCAGAAAAGCCUGAAUAUCAGCCCGCAGAAAGACCUCAUCAGAAGAGACCGGAAGAUAACUUGAGACCUGAGGGAGAAUUUACAGUGCCCGAAAAGAUAGCCUAUAAGCCAGCUGAAAAGACGGAGCGAAUAAUACGGAAAGAUAAUUUGCGCUCAGAAGGAGAAAUGACAUUUGAGACUAGAGAGGAAUAUCAAUUUGUUAUUAGACCGGACCAAGUGAAACCUACUGAUAACCUUAAGCCGGAAGGAGAAUUUUACUCGCCAGAAAAGCCGAAAUUCCAUCCAGGGGAGAAAUCAUUACAAAUAAGACACGAAGAUAAUUUGAAACCUGAAGGUGAAUUCUAUGUUCCUGACAAGCCAGAAUUCAAACCGGCGGAACGUCCCAGUCAGAAAAAGCCGGUAGAUAACUUGAAACCAGAAGGUAAAUUUUAUACACCGGAAAAGUCUGGUUUCCAGCCAGCAGAACGGCCACUUCAGAAGAGACCAGAAGACAAUUUGAAACCAGAAGGCGAAUUUUAUGCGCCUGAGCGACCGGAAUUCAAAUCCGCGGAGCGGCCAACUCAGAAGAAACCGGAAGACAACUUAAGACCAGAGGGCGCCUUCACUGUGCCUGAGAAGACCCCAUAUAAACCAGCCGAAAAAACGGAGAGAAUAAUUCGGAAAGAUAAUUUACGAUCAGAAGGGGAAAUGAUAUUUGAAUCCAGAGAAGAAUAUCAAUUUGUUUCCAGACCUGAACAGGUUAAACCCUCUGAUAACCUUAGGCCAGAGGGUGAAUUUUAUACUCCGAAAAGAUCGAAGUACAUCCCCGCGGAGCGUCCUACCCAGAAGAAGCCUGAGGAUAAUCUGCGGCCAGAAGGUAAAUUUCAUGCUCCCGAUAAAUCAGAAUUUAAGCCAGGGGAUCGGCCCUCUCAGAAGAAGCCUGUUGAUAACUUGAGACCAGAAGGCGAGUUUUAUAUUCCUGAUAAACCAUGUUAUAAACCGGCGGAGCGUCCAACACAGAAAAAACCGGAGGAUAACUUGAGGCCUGAAGGUGAAUUUUAUACUCCGGAGAAACCCAAAUUCCAACCUGGCGAACGCCCAUCGCAAGUAAGACACGUUGACAAUCUGCGACCUGAAGGCGAGUUUUAUGCUCCAGAAAAACCGGGAUAUAAACCAGCCGAACGUCCCUAUCAGAAAAAACCGGAGGAUAACCUGAAGCCAGAAGGUGAAUUUUAUUCUCCGGAGAAACCCGAAUUCCAACCUGGCGAACGCCCAGCGCAAGUAAGACACGCUGACAAUCUGCGACCUGAAGGAGAGUUUUACACACCUGAUAAACCGGGGUAUAAGCCUGCCGAACGUCCCACACAGAAAAAGCCACAAGACAACCUUAAACCAGAAGGCGAAAUUAUUAUGCCGGAAAAGACUGUAUUUAGACCAGCUGAAAAAACUGAGCGCAUUAUAAGAAAAGAUAAUCUUCGAACUGAAGGCGAAUUUGUGUUUAAAGAUAAACAGACAUACGAAUUUGUCAAAAGGCCUGACCAAAUAAAGCCAGUUGACAAUCUGAAACCUGAAGGAGAAUUUUAUAAGACAGAAAAGCCUUCUUACAAGCCAGGCGUACGUCCACUAGUUAAAAAGCCUGAAGAUAAUUUGAGGAUGGAAGGCGAGUUUACUGUGCCAGAAAAUGUUUCAUUUAAGCCCUCCGAAAAGACAAAACGUAUUAUAAGGAAAGACAAUCUGCAUAUGGAAGGGGAAAUGACAUUUUCCAAAAAGGAGCAAUAUCAUUAUGUCAAUAGGCCAGAACAAAUUAAACCUUCUGAUAACUUAAAACAAGAAGGAGACUUCUAUACUCCGAAGAAACCGAAAUUCCAACCAGCUCAAAAAUUGUCCCCAGUUAGGCCUGAAGAUAAUUUGAGGCCGGAAGGAGAAUUUUACACCCCUGAUAAGCCAAGAUAUAAGCCGGCUGAUACGGUCCGACGAGUUGUUCAUAAAGAUAAUCUGCGGAUUGAAGGGGAGAUGACGUUUACAGAAAAGGAAAACUAUGUCAAUGUAGAACGUCCAAACCAAGUAAAACCAGAAGAUAACCUCAGAUCGGAAGGUAAGAUGUAUAUUUCAUCCGAUAAAACAGAUUCCAAAGAACUUAAAACUAAAGUGGAAAAAGCGGUAAUCAAGCGCCCGGUAGAUAACCUGAAACUUGAGGGCACUCUUCAAAUUUCAAAACGAGAUGACUAUAACGAAAAGAGAACUUCCAAGCUGGAUACAUCUAAAAGUGUGCAGAAAACUACCAGAACAAAAUACACGCACAAUAAGUCGUCAAUAUCUCUUGGAGAGGACAGUGCCAUUCUAAAGACAACAAAUCAAAUGAGCUUUGCUUCGGGCAAACAAGCUGUUCCGAUGGCUAAUAUGAGUUCAGAAAAACCAGUCGAUGGUUUGGUUGUAGUAUCCACGAAAAAAGUUACCACUGUAAUAGGUGGUCGCGUCAAAAAAGAACCGGAAACAGAGUAUGUUAGACGACAGGGGAAAGUUAAUGUCAUCGAAAAUAUUGCAAAAACUAACAACGUUAAAAACAUAGUCAACAUUGAAAAUAAACAUGAUGAAUCAAUUUCGGUGAAGGAAAAUCGUUUUGCGAAGGAGAAAAAAGUCAUGGAUUCUGUUCGCGUUGAUAUUUCUGAUCAAACGUUCACCUCUGCAGUGACUAACGGAAGUAACGCAGGAAGUAGUUCAGAAAGAAUUAUGUCUAGUGGAGUGGUGGCAAAUACCGCUGGUCCAACAAUUUCCACACAAUGCAAUUUGGAUAAACAGGAAAGCACAUCGACACACAUGAACGCUACCUCAUCUAAAAAUAUUUCUGAUCAAGCACAUUCCACACAACACAAGACCAUGUCAGCUGAAAGUGCAUCAACGAAAAUGUCAUCAAGCUCCUCUGCUACCACUAUGUCUAAACAUUUCCAUCAUCGACGAAGCGAUUUCACUGCCGACGCAAACAUUACUAAUUCAGUAUUUCAUCGAAAAACUGUUUCAAAUGAGUCAAAUCAAUUAGGUAGCCUAACGUCGAAUGGUAAGAUUCACAGAAAGAGCAUUCUGAAUUUGCACGAGGAGCCAUCCAGCUCAGUUUUUCCAAGCGAACGCCAGAGCUACAGUAGCAUACAUCGACAGAACAGGGAACAAGAUAGCAGCGCGUUGUUGAUGAGCGAACGUCGCCACUACAACACACUCGGCCAGUCGCAAAAUAGAGAUCAGACGUCAAAGUCUUGCAAUAUUUCUAAAACGUCGCCUUCCGGUGGUAUCGAAAUUCCCCCUUACAGUAAACAUUCCGAAAGAAUUGUAACACGAAGGAAUGUGAAUCAGUCAUCUAUAUCUCUGGGGAUGGAUGGAAUUUCAUCCACCUCCUUGUAUCGCAGUGAAUAUAAGACGGUUCCAUCCACAACUUGUGCUAUACACAAAAUCAAAGAAGGUGCAUUCCAACAUACAAGAAAUACGAACGAACAUAAAUUUUUUAAAACUGUCAAGAACUAAUUAGGCUGUAAAAUUUUAAGGGCAUGUAAAAAUGCGUCUUUGCAUGUACGCAAAAAAAAUUUUAAUAAAUUUUUCAUACAAGCAUAUCAAUGUUGUAACUCAAAUAUUAUAUUUACGUUCAUUUAUGUAUAUGCAGACAGACAUAUAUAUGUAUAUUAAGCAAGAGUAAUUGCCACAUAAUUUAAUAAAAUAUUCUCAAAAAAUUUACCGCUAUGGUAUGUUCCACUAUAUUAUCAUGGCGAAAUAAAUAAGUUGAAGUAAUUUGACAGCUUU